AUGCCUGCUUUGAGGAAAAAAGUGCGACGUCGGCGUAAAAAAAUAUCAUGCCUUAAUUGUCGGCAAAAAAAGCUAAAGUGUGAUAAAUGUCUUCCGUGUUCACGAUGUAAGGAAAGAAAACUUGAGGCAAGUUGUGUUUAUGAGAAUAAUUACGAGGCACCCUACUCAAAAGAUGAUGCUUCAUUUAUAUGUGAUGCAAACCAGCAUAUUAAUUAUGGUUUCGAGUCAAACGAUGAUGAGAAAUUUCACUUCUAUCGUCCGCUUGUCUUGUUCAAUAUGAUUCAGAAGUGCGCUCGUGCGAAAGGUAUUCCUGUUGAGACGCUUUUUUCGUCGAUUACCAUUUCUGGUAUAGAAGAUGCAGCAUCUUACCUUAAAGUUCUUCCCCCGUUACACAUCGCAGACUUGAUGCUGGAUCUGUACAUUGAGCGAUUUGACUCUGUUUUCCCAAUUAUUGAAAGACACAGUGUUAAAGACACUGUACGUUGCCUGUAUAAUAGUCCCCCUAUAUUUCCUGUCGUAGGGCGGCUGGAGCUUUUAUUCGUAGUACUAUGGGCCUCACUUAAAGUUGAAGAGCUCCCGUCUUCGUUACUAGAGUACUUUGAGCAGACGGGUGAUUCAGCUACAGGUUUGGCUGAACGUUCAGGC